AUGAAGGAAGAUUCACUUUUCUGCAAGGAUCACUUCUACAAACAGUUCGGUACAAAAUGUACACGUUGCGGUGACGGUAUUGUUCCAAACUCAGCAGUACGGAAGGCUUCAGGCCAUAUCUACCAUGUUGAAUGCUUCCAAUGUGUGGUCUGUAAAAGGGAACUGGAAACUGGAGAGGAGUUCUAUCUUAUUCCGGAUGACGGCCGUCUAGUAUGCAAAAAUGACUACGAACUCGCUAGAGACAAAGGUAAGUAA